GUACCUUCGGUACGGCGGUGAUAAAAUUUGCGGUGCUGAUGGAGCCGCUGCGCGCGAGCCGGGCACCAUAUAUGGUACGCAUGCGGCAUUCAGCUACGCGCUAAACAGGGGCGCGAUGCAUUGCGCUGCCGGUUGAUUGAUCCGUGCAGCAAACAAGGUCAUACAAAGGCGGAGCGGGGCAGCUCCGAAGCAUCAUGCGGCGAGCGUGGCGCGCGUUGCUGGCACUCCACGGCACGUUUGCGGCACAGAUCGCACUCGUAGCGGUCUGGCUGGGCCCGAAACCGCUGCCGCGCUACGCGCGCGCGACGUGCGCGUCCCUCCAAUUCAACACUGACGCGACGCUCGUGCUCGUCGUCGACGACAAAGCGAUCGUCCCGCGCGAGUGCCUGGACCACGCGCGCGUGUGGGAGGUCGGUGCGGAUGGCGUCGCGAAAGGGCUGGGCGAGGCGGCCGCGCGCGCGCUGCGGCUGGACCCGCCGUCGGCGAAAGCGACGAGGGAGAAAAUUGUGGGCGCGUUGCGCAGAAUGCCCUCCCUGGUCAUCGAGCUCAAGCCGCUGUGGGUCUACGCCUGGCGCGAGCGCCUGAUGCGGGAGGGUUUCGACCGGGCGACGUUCGCGGACCUCGACGUGGUCUGGGGCGACGUAAAGCCGUGGGCCGACGCGAGUCGCGGGUACGACGCGGCGACGUGGAGCUUCGCGGAGGGCGAGGACCCGAUGCGGCUGUUCGCGCGGGGCCAGUGGUUCUUGCUGCGGUUGGACGACGACGCGGUGCAGCUGCGGUGGCUCCGGUGCGCCCACCUGUCGACGGCCCUCCUGCGGAACCUGGACCUGAAGGCCCGGGGGGGGCGGUUGAGCCUCGAGACGAGGCGGUCGUUCGACGCGACGCGCGGCUGCCCCACCGUCUACCCGGAAAAGCCCGCGAACCGCUACGUCUCGGCCGAGGCGUGCUACAGCUGCGCUUUCUUCGCGCCGGUCGUGGACGGAGAGGCCGCGGAGUUCGCGGCCCGGUCGCGUCCCGCGCGGAAACCCAACCCGAGAGUUCGACGGGCGCCUUGACGUGGGAUCGCCCCGCAGGUUUCGACGACUGCCGGGGUCCCGCGGCUAUUCGGCGGGGGAGGCUCAACGGUUGCUGCGGCCGCUGUCCGUAGUCGUGCUGCCCGCCGUCCUCAGCGACCACGGCCUCGGGCGCGUCUGGUGGACCGGGGGCCGCGUGUUCCGCUGCGCGCAGUUGACGGGAGCGCGGUGCGCGGCCGCCGUGGCGGCCCACGCGCAGGGCCCGCGCGCCGCCCUGCGGCUGGCACCGACGGCCGUCCCGCUGCGCGUCGAGCGGCCCUGCGUCGCCCGGAAAAUGGACUGGCUCGCCGAGUCGUGCCCGCGCGCCGCGGCGUGCGCGCGCCUGCCGGACGACCAGCACCUGCACGCCGUCGUCGCGAACGGCUCCUCGGCGGCGGCGCGCGCGGUCCAGCACCCUCAGACCGAGGUCACGGAGGCCGCGUUCUUCCACUACCGCAUCUGGAGCGACCGCCGGGACGGCCUGGGCGGGACGUUCCGCGACGAGUUGCCGCGCAUAAAUCGCACGCUGGCCGUCGACGAGGACGGAUUCUUGGACGCCAAAGCCGGCGAAGGCUUCUCGGACAGGGUGCUCGCGGGUCGGGUCUGGGACGGCGCCGCGACCGCGUGUCCGGGCGUCGCGCUGGGCGACCGGGCGCCCCUGGUCAUACUCCAGACCGAUUCGGAGCGCGUCUUCGACGCGCUCGCGCGGCACCCCGACGUCCUCCUGACGAAGGCGCCCCUCGCCUUCCACCACAAGAGCUUCGACCAUAGGCGGCUGCGGGCGGCCGGUCGCGCGAAGUUCCACUUCGAGGCGGACGGCGACGCGUUCGAGACGCUGCCCCAGCUGGCCUGCCUCAUCGCGAAGAAGGCGGGCGCGGCCCGCAUCCCGCGGGUGCUGGGCCUGCCGCCGCCUUCCGACGACCUCGUCCAGCGCAAGUGGGCCAAGACGUUCGCGUACGAAUCGACCGUGCGGUUCGUCCGCGUCGCCACGCAAGCCCAUCAAACAAGUGGAGACGAUGCCCUGGUCCUGGCGGAGAGCGACUUCGCCCGCGACGGCACCUCGGCCAAGCUGGCGCGCUUCCUCGGCGUCGCGCGGCCGCGCGAGGCCUACGCGACGCUCGUCUACGGCGACGGCCCCUUCGCGUGCGGCGCCGCGGUGCUCGGCCGCGCGCUGCGGGACGCGGACCCCGCGCGGCCGCGCGCGUGCGUCGUCUGGAACGUGAGCGAGGCGACGCGGAGUAUUUUGCGAAGCACCUGGAGCCUGUUCGACGGCCCCCCCGUCGCCAAGGUCCGAUACAGUAAGAGCGGCGCCCUCAAGGUCAAGGACGGCGUGCCGGCGAACCGCAAGGCGGGACUCUGGCUCCUGCCCUACGACCGGGUGCUGUUCUUCGACGUCGACGACGUCCCCCUGCCGGCGAGCGGCCCGCGGCUCGACGCGCUCUGGAAGACGUACGGCGACUCCGAGCGUCUCGCCGCGGUGCCGUUCGAGCGCAAGGGCCUCGCGCAACGCUGCUUCAACUCCGGGCUGAUGCUCCUCCGGCCGGGCGCGCGGGCCUACGCCGCCUACACGGACGAGGCCCUCCGGCUGGGGCGCCACCAGCGCGGGCUCUGUCCCGGGCACGACCAGCCCGCCCUGAACCGCGCGUUCAGCGACUGGCGCGCGAUCACGUCGAAGGACUGGUCGACCGCCACGCCGGGGCGGGCGAAGCGACGCUGCUCGUCGACGCUCGCGGAUUUGUCCCGCGAGUUCGACGCGUACCACUUCUUUGAGGAGAGCGUGCCCUGGUGCGCGGACACGGCCGCGGGCUGCGCGCCCGGGCUGCACGACGCGUGCCCGCGUACCACCGUCUGCACCGCGCACGCGGCGGCGGCGCGGGCGUGGUGGGACGCGCUAGAACGACUGCCUACACCGGCCCGCGACGCGUGCCGCGCGCGGCUCUCGGGCAGGCCGCCGGCCUGCGCGCUCGAGUAAUUGUUGC